AUGUCCGACGGCCCGCCCGCCGAGGUCGCGCGUCCGGUCGAUGUCACGCAUCCCAACGACGCGAGCGCGGACGACGUCGGAGCCCCUGGCGACUGGCUCUUCGGACCCGACGCACCGCCGGCCAAGAAGAAGCGCAAAACGCUCGCCCACGAAGCCGUCUACCUGGACGCCCUCCCAUCGGCGUCGAUGUACGAGCGAUCGUUCAUGCACCGAGACGUGGUGACGCACGCCGUGUUCGCGCCCUCGCACGAUUUCUUCGUCACGGCGUCGAGAGAUGGACACAUCAAGUUCUGGAAGAAGCGAAACCAGGGCGUCGAGUUCGUCAAACACUUCCGAGCGCACUCGAGCGAGAUCGUGGGGUUGUGCGUGAGCGCGGACGGAAGCGCGUGCGCAACGAUCGGGGAGGAUAAGACGUGUAAGGUUUUUGACGUUGUGAACUUUGACAUGGUGAUGAUGUUAAAGUUGAAGUUCAAGCCGAGCGCUUGCGAGUUCGUGUACAAACGCGGCGACGCAGUGCAGGCGAUCGCGAUCGGGGACGAUAAGGGGGUAAUUCGAGUGUACGACGCGUUAUCGUCGAGUGUGGAGCCGGUGAAGACGCUGGAAAAUUUGCACCGGUCGGCGAUAACGGCGUUGCGUUACAACGCGGCAAAGCAAUGCGUGAUUUCAGCGGAGGAGAAGGGCAUGUUGGAGUACUGGUCUUCCAGGCCCGAGGAUGAGUUCGCCGCGCUCACGAGCUCGAAUAACACCGGAGUGGAUUUCAAGUAUAAACUGGACACCGAUCUCUUCGCGUUGGCGAAGGGGAAGACAACCGCAUACACCAUUGAGGUGAGUGCGGACGGCGAAAAGUUUAGCACGACAGGUGAGGACAGACAUGUGCGCAUUUUUCGUUGGAAGAACGGCAAGUUGAUUAAGGACAUAGAUGAGACGCUGGCUUACGCGGAGGACAUUCAGCGCAGCGGCAAUGAAAAGUAUGCACUAGAGGAUAUCGAUUUCGGGCGCAGGCUCGCGGUCGAGCGAGAGAUGUCCACGUCUCUCGAAAAGUGGGCUUGGCCCAACGCCCUUUUUGACGAGAGCGGGAACUUCUUGAUCUACGCCACGCACUUAGGGAUCAAGGUGGUGAACUUAGUAACGAACAGGUGUCCUCGAAUCAUCGGCAAAGUCGAGAACACUGAGCGAUUUACUCGUCUGGCACUGUUUCAAGGAGUGCCGCAAAAAGACAAGCGCGCAAGAGGUUCUGGCAAGGAUGUCAAAGUUGCAGAAAAGGAUCCGACGAUCGUCGCGUGCGCGUUCAACAAAGUACGCAUGUACAUUUUCUCUAGCCGUGAGCCGGAAGAAGGAGAUGACGUCGCAACGGGUCGAGACGUCUUCAACGAAAAGCCGCGCGCGGAGGAAAUGCUCGCUUCUUCAUCUCUGCCGUCGGCGAGAUCGGGUUUAGCGACGAGUGCCGUGAUUCACACGACGCUUGGUGACAUUCAUGUUGACUUUUUCACUAACGAGUGCCCCAAGACCUGCGAAAACUUCAGUACGCAUGCUAGAAACGGUUACUAUGAUGGCAUCGUCUUCCAUCGCGUUAUCAAGAACUUCAUGAUUCAGACUGGUGAUCCUCUUGGAGACGGCACCGGUGGGCAUUCGAUUUGGGGUGGGGAAUUUGAGGAUGAGAUCGUGCGCGACCUGAAACACGAUCGGCCUUUCACGGUGUCGAUGGCGAACGCUGGACCGAACACGAAUGGCUCACAAUUUUUCAUCACCACGGUGGCAACACCGUGGCUCGAUGGAAAGCACACCGUUUUCGGUCGCGUGACGAGAGGUUCGGACGUCGUCAAAGCCAUUGAAUGUGCCAAGUGCGACAAGGGUGAUAGACCGUUGGAGACAAUUUCCAUGCUGAGCAUUACGUUGAAAUACAACUAG